UGAGGUCGAAAACAAUAGACAUUCCCGUGACUUUAAAUAGUGAACGGAUUUAGUUUCCUCAGGUUCGUCAACACAAACGGGCGACAUUUUAACGGACCCUCUAGAUUAGAGAACACCAAAUAAUAAAAGAUAUUAAUUCACAGUCUGCAUUUCAUCUCGUGAGUUAAAUAUCGGUUAUAUAUUUGAAAGUAUUAACAUGGCUAUUUGGAAAUUGUUAAUAAAUCUUGGACUAUUAUAUAUUACUACAGCGAUUUCUGUUGACAAAGAUUCAAACAAUGAUUCCGCGAUUAAUUAUCGUUUACCAGACCACGUAGUUCCGAUACAUUACAAUAUUAAGCUAAUACCGUACAUUGUGAAAGAUAAUUUUACCUUUGACGGAGAAUCCAAUAUUAACAUCACAAUUCGGCGUGUAACGCAAAACUUACAUUUACACGUAUUGGACUUGACAAUAAACGAAGCGGAGACAUUGUUGUUUGAUAACAAUGGUAUUAUCUAUACACCGGCAAUGUAUAAUUAUGACAAUAUUACACAAAUCUUAGUUCUUCACUUUAAUGAUAAACUGUCACCUGGAAAUUAUACAUUGAAAAUGCGAUAUGUUGGUAUCAUACAUAAAAACACGAGAGGCUUUUUUAUAUCAUCUUAUAUCAAUGACAAAGGAGAUGAUGUUAGGUGGUUGGCCGCAACGAAUUUUCAACCGACUUAUGCUCGACGAGUAUUUCCAUGCUGGGACGAGCCGGCAUUGAAAGCUACUUUCAAUAUUUCCAUAAAACAUCAUCGAAAUUAUACAGUUCUAUCCAAUAUGCCAAUACGGGAACAAUCGGACGAUAGUAACAGAGACGGUAUAAUAUGGACGCACUUUGACAAGACUCCCAUCAUGUCUACCUAUCUCGUAGCGUUUGUAGUGACCGAUUACGUUCGUGUUCCUACUGAAGAUGAGACCAUUAAUAUAUGGUGUAGAUCAAAAUUGGUGCCGCACAUAAAAUUUGUACAAGAAAUUGUUCAAAAAUCUAAAAAGCUAUUGACAGAAUAUACCAACAGCACCUCUAAAGUUCCAAAAAUAGAUAUCGUAGCUCACUCUUUCCCAAUUAUUUCUACAAAUUGGGGACUUACUAUUAUUGGUGAAAUAUUCCUUACAUACAAUGAAAGUUUCGAUACAAUAUUUGAUAAACUACAUGUAGCGCAGACAACAGUACAUGAAAUGGCAAAUCUAUGGCUUGGUAAUGUAGUUACUCCAUUAUGGUGGUCUCAGAGAUGGUUAAGCGUAGGAUUUGCGUCGUUCUUCCAAAAAUAUAUUCUCAAUCAGAUUUUCAAGGAGUGGCGAAUAAUGGAAUACUUUGUUAUUGAUAUUCAGCAAACAAUGCUUCAAGAUAUUAAUAUGAAUUUAAGCCCAAUUACAUUAAAAAUUAAUAAUCCAAUCGGACCCGAAAAAAUUUUAUUAAAUUUCAUAGCCUCCAUUCAUAACAAGGCACCCGCUAUAGUGCGUAUGUUACAACAUAUAAUUACUGAUGAGGUAUUUCGAAAUGGUCUUAUUAAAUAUUUGCAUACGCAUCAGUUCAGUUCGGCUACUUCCGACGACUUAUGGAACGCUUUGCAAGCAGUGCUAGAUAAAUCAGAUGUCCCACAUAAUGCUUAUAGAUUGAAAGAGGUAAUGGAUACUUGGAUAAAACAAUCGGAUUUCCCUGUAGUACAUGUGACCCGAAAGAAAGAUACCAAUGAGAUAAUACUAACGCAAGAACAUUUUGUUCCGAAAAAUAAAAGUAAGAACGUUAAUGAUAAUAAAUGGUGGAUACCUUUGACUUUUGCUACGCAAACAAAUCCUGAUUUUUCUAAUACCUUACCCACUCAUUGGUUAAAACCGCAAGAUCGAAAUGUAACGAUUGAUGGAAUUAAUCAAAAUGAUUGGAUUAUUGUCAAUUUACAACAAACGGGAUACUAUCGUGUUAAUUACGAUUCUACCAUUUGGCAAAAAAUUGUGGAUUAUCUUAAAUCUGACGACUAUACGAAAAUCCAUGUACUCAAUCGUGCUCAAAUCAUCGAUGACGCCUAUCAUUUUAUGAUGAUAAAUCAACAUGAUAUCAUAAUGUUUUUAAAUCUAAUAGGCUAUCUAUCACAGGAAACAGAGUAUACACCAUGGCAUUCUAUGUUUGAAAUAUUAAGUCUUACAGAAGAUAUUUACAAUGUUCCAGAAAAUGAACAUCUCAAAUCAUACAUGGUUAAAAUUUUGGAUGGACUUAUUAAGAAUAUAGGAUAUAAAGAAGAUCCUUUCGAUAAUGAUUUUACGAAACUUCAGAGAACCAAAGCUUUAAAAUGGGCAUGUACUUUGGGUCAUUCCGAAUGCAAGAAAAUGGCCACUCUUAAUCUAUUUGAACAUCUCUUAAGUCCUAAAACGCACAAAGUUUCGCCAAAUUUGAAAGAAUGGACAUAUUGUAAUGGCUUGAUGGAAGCAAAUGUUUCUAUUUGGAAUAAGUUAUACAAUAUAUAUAUAAAUAAACCAAAUGAAGAGAUUUUGAUGUACUUAGUUUGCUCUGAAAAUCCUGACAAUAUAAUUAAUUUGUUGGACAUAUUUAUAUUGAACAAUUCAAGACUACAAAAUAGAUAUGAAAUUUAUUCUUCUAUUAUCAGACAACACGCUAAAAAUAAUGUAGUAGUCGAUUAUAUAUUAAUAAAUUUUAAAAAAACAUUUUCAAGAAAGUUCGAUACAAAUUAUGAAUUGACUGGUAUAAUUAACAAUGUGUAUUCUAAAGACAAACUUGACGAGAUAAGCGAAUUUGUAAGAAAUAAAUUUGAAGAGAAAGUAUUCAAAGAUGUUCAAGACAAGAUAAUAAAACGCAAGGGACGGUUAGAUACACUUGCCUCAUUUCAACCACCUAAUAUAAAAGAGAAAUUAAAAUUAUAAAAUAAUUAUAAUUAAUUAUAACAAUUGCAACACGUAUAAUUAUAUAUAUGUU